AUGACUAGAGAAAAUACAGUUUCGUCGUCGGACAAAGUCCAACGCUUUCGACCGUUUAAACAAGCUGAAAAGGAUAAACGAAAAAAAAAAUACGAUGACCUUCAAGUUCAGGGCACCAAUAACUCUUCUAUAGUUUCCAAACGAAGUGUUGAAAAACUAUAUUUUCCAGAGAUUCAACCUGAAUUGGGUUCUUGGUUUGGAUGUUUUGUUAAAGAUGGGAAGAAAUGGAAAAGACGAUCACCUGCAAUAAACAGAGGGUACUGGAUUCGAAUGGAGAGUAUCCGGAGUGUUCUUGAGAAAAUACUAAAUUUAAAUCCGAACAAGCGUGUGAACAUUGUGAAUUUGGGCUGUGGGUUUGAUCCCUUACCUUUCCAAAUGUUGAGUAGUUGUUGUUGUUGUUGUGGUGGUGGUGGUGGUGGCAAUAGAGGUAGUGGCAAGUGUACUAGGGAUAUGGAUUUGAAUUUUGUCGAUAUUGAUUAUCUUGAAUUGGUGGAGGAAAAAUGCAAGUUGAUUAGAGAAUCUCAUGAGAUUAUGAGCUUGAUUGGUACUUUUAGCAACUCAAAAGACUUCAAAAUAUACACGGAAAGGUACAAAUUGAUUGGGUGUGAUUUGAACGAUUUGAAACAUUAUCAAAAGGUGAGCUCAGUUGUAUGCACAAGUAAAGACGAGGUUAACGUUUUUAUUGCUGAAGUUUCUCUAGCUUAUAUGAAACCUGAAUUUGCCAAUUCCGUGAUUGGAAUAAGUUCUCAAGCACCAAAUAGCCAUUUCAUAUUAUUGGAGCAGAUCAUGCCUGAUGGUCCACACAAUGCGUUUGCUACCAAAAUGCUAUACCAUUUUCAACACUUGAGGUGCCCUAUUCAGUGUGUUGAAUCGUAUCCUACAAAGCACAAACAGGUGGAGAGAUUUCGAAAAAUGUACCGAUAUGCUGAAGUAAAGAAUCUUUUUGAGAAUUGGCACAGUUUAGUUUCCAAUGAAAUGAAGCUGAAAAUUAUGGAGAUUGAGGAAUUUGAUGAAUGGGAAGAAUUUAUUUUGUUUUGUCAGCAUUAUGUUUUGGUGCACUCUACUAAUGUUGGAGGUCAAUUGGUUUACGAAAGGGAUAGUAUUGAUGACGAUUUGAUUUACAAAGAAUUUGAAGUUGAUGAAGGUGUGAGCUUUCACCUUGAUGAUAGAUUCAAUAAGGAUUUGUUGCAAUUAAAGUUCCCAGCUGUAGCAGAUUUAGAGGGCAAGAUAUAUAUCAAUGGAGGAUUGGGACAAAAAAGAAGUGGUGAAACAUUAGAAGUGAACUAUGACACUGGGACGAUUACUUUGGUUUCUCCAAAAGAUGUGGCUACUGAUACUACUACUUGUACACCAUCAGCAAGAGUUUGUCAUAGUUUAACCGGUAUCAAUAAUGAUGAGUUGAUUUUAAUUGGUGGAAGAACAAAACCUGGUGAUUUCAAGGAUGAUAUAUAUAGUUUCAAUAAAAAGCGAUGGGAGAAAGCUGGUCAUUUAGAUAUGCCGCGUUCACGGCAUGCUGUUGUUAAGAUAAAUGAUUGCCGGUUAUUGAUAUGUGGAGGGUUAAAAAAUGGAAAUAUUGGGAACAAGUUUGUUAUAUUUGAUGCCAAGAGCAGGAAAAUAAGUGCUGUGAAUAUAAGAGGUGUUGAAGUGGACAAUUUGAUGAGUAGUACAAUGACCUUUGACGAAGCGAGCCAAACUGGUUACCUAUAUGGUGGGAUAAUUGACAGUUUUGUGCCUCGAGUGAAUGACAAAUUGUAUAAAUGGAGAAUCAUUCAACAAGAUACUGGAGAGGUGGCUAUUUAUAUUGAAAAGGUCUUUGAAAGUGUCUUUUUAUCAAGAAUUGGAAGUAGAGCAACCAUAAUAAAAGAUCCUGUUUGUCAAGAGCUAAACAAAUUACUAAUUGUUGGUGGUGUUUCUCCCAGUACGAUUUUUACAAACUCUUCAAAUAUAAUGACAUUGAACUUGACCAAUUUCGAGUUAAAGAGCGUAAAAAUAGGAACCACGUCGCAGCCUCCUAUCUUUAUUGGUUUUGGAUACGUUGAACUUGACAAAAAGGAAGGAAAUGAGAAACAAAGAAGCAAGAGGAGGAGGAGGAGUAGCUUGAUAAUCAGUGGUGGCGCUGUUUGUUAUUCAUUUGGUAGCUGUUAUAAUCUGGUAUAUAGAAUUGAAUACUAA